AUGGCCGCCUACCAUCACUCCAGUCUGCAUCACGCGACCCCAUUGACAACCCGACCAUUGCCAUCAGGUACUGCUGCCACUCCAACCGGCUCAACUCUCGCCCAGCCCACUAUCAACUUGCCUUCGGCACACAAGUGGCAUGCUCACCAUCUCCACUCGAUCCCUCCGCGCGAGAAGAGCACACGCACCUUUAUAAUUGAACAUAUGUUGUGGUUCCAUGGGAGGACGCGCUUUGCUCAGGCUAGAGCUGACUAG